UCGAGGGUGUGCUUCUGAGGUGAGAGUGGAUGACUUAUCGAGGAGGCUGGGAACUCUAACUUGUGCAGAGGACCUUGGUAUAGACCGCCGCGUAAUUCGGGUAUCAGCCCCUUUGGCAAGAAAUAGUGGGGUCCGCUCUCUUCCCCACUUUUCUCAGAAAGGGAGAAAAUUCUCCCUCCUAGGAGUGAAUUUUCUCUCCCGAGCAGGGCAGAUUUCCUAGGCUUUCUUUCCUUCCCUCGGCAGCGCUCUGACGUGCACACCAUGUGACAGGCCCCCUUCAGCUAUAAGCCGAGGAAGGUCCGCCCUCUCCUGGACUCAGCCCUGGUCUCGCAGAGCUCUGUUUCUAGACUCUCACCCGUCCGGCACGUUCCUGGGCGCCUGGCAUUCUGAUUCGCCCGCCCGCGCCCCGCCACCCCUCCUCAACCGACGGGGCAAAAGCUGCUCCGAGAGGAGGUCAAGUCCUCCGCCCGGGCCAGACGCGAGCGGAGUCCAGCGAGCGCAGCAGACGCGCGGCUACCGCAGCGGCGCAGGAGUUACAAAGUCGGCGUGCGAGACUCCGCCACCACCCGGUGGCCCCAGCGCAGCUCCGGCAGCCGCAGCGCCCUCAGCGUGGCGCCCCCCGGCCGGGCCAGCCGCCCGGGACCCGGGCUGGGGCGCAGAGGGAGCCCGGAGCCCGGCGCCCCCAUGCGCCGCCCUGCCGCCGCCGCACCACAGCUAUGACCCUGAGCACGGAGAUGUCCGAUGCCUCCGGCCUCGCCGAGGAGACAGACAUCGACGUGGUUGGGGAGGGCGAGGACGAAGACGACGAGGAAGAGGAGGACGACGACGAGGGCGGCGGUGGCGGGCCCCGGCUGGCUGUCCCCGCGCAGCGGCGGCGGCGGCGCUCGUACGCCGGGGAGGACGAGCUGGAGGACCUGGAGGAGGAGGACGACGACGAUGACAUCCUGCUAGCCCCGCCUGCUGGGGGGUCCCCGGCGCCCCCGGGUCCGGCCCCGGCGGCGGGGGCGGGAGCCGGUGGGGGCGGCGGCACGGGCGCGGGCGCGGGAGCGGUUGGCGGCGGCGGCGGCAGCGGCGGGAGCGCGGUUAGCGGCGCCAAGAACCCACUGGUGAAGCCGCCCUACUCGUACAUUGCGCUCAUCACCAUGGCCAUCCUGCAGAGCCCCAAGAAGCGGCUGACGCUGAGCGAGAUCUGCGAGUUCAUCAGCGGCCGCUUCCCCUACUACCGGGAGAAGUUCCCCGCCUGGCAGAACAGCAUCCGCCACAACCUCUCGCUCAACGACUGCUUUGUCAAGAUCCCCCGCGAGCCCGGCAACCCGGGCAAGGGCAACUACUGGACGCUGGACCCCGAGUCCGCGGACAUGUUCGACAACGGCAGCUUCCUGCGCCGGAGGAAGCGCUUCAAGCGGCAGCCGCUCCUCCCGCCCAACGCCGCUGCCGCCGAGUCGCUGCUGCUGCGCGGCGCGGGAGCCGCAGGGGGCGCGGGCGAUCCGGCCGCCGCCGCCGCAGCACUCUUCCCGCCUGCGCCGCCGCCGCCCCCGCAUGCCUAUGGCUACGGCCCCUACGGCUGUGGCUACGGCCUGCAGCUGCCGCCCUACGCGCCGCCCUCGGCCCUCUUCGCCGCCGCCGCAGCCGCGGCCGCCGCCGCCGCCGCCUUCCAUCCUCACUCGCCCCCGCCGCCUCCGCCGCCGCCGCACGGCGCUGCCGCCGAGCUGGCCCGGACAGCCUUCGGCUACCGGCCGCACCCGCUCGGCGCCGCCCUGCCAGGCCCCCUGCCGGCCUCCGCGGCCAAGGCAGGCGGCCCGGGCGCCUCUGCGCUGGCGCGGUCGCCCUUCUCCAUCGAGAGCAUCAUCGGGGGCAGCCUGGGCCCGGCCGCCGCUGCCGCCGCCGCUGCGCAGGCCGCCGCCGCCGCCGCUCAGGCUUCGCCCUCGCCCUCGCCGGUGGCAGCGCCACCCGCGCCGGGAUCCGGCGGAGGAGGCUGCGCGGCGCAGGCGGCCGUGGGCCCGGCAGCCGCGCUCACCCGCUCCCUCGUGGCCGCCGCGGCCGCCGCUGCCUCCUCUGUCUCCUCGUCCGCUGCCCUGGGGACUCUGCACCAAGGGACUGCCCUGUCCAGUGUCGAGAACUUUACUGCUAGGAUUUCCAAUUGUUAAUAACGCUAUGUUAGCCUGCUCGAGGAAGAAGGGAGAAAACGGAUUUUCACGGGCUCAAAUGAAGCUGUUUGUUCCCCUCCUUGUGAAAUGUUUGAAGGAGGUUAAACCCUCUCACCUUCAAACUUACCGCUAACUCUAUAGAUACAAAUUAAAAUAUUGUUAGAGCAAA